AUGGCUUCUUCCCGGAUUGUUCCACUCCUUUCCCAAGGCCAUGCAGCUCUUGCAAGGGCCCGGCACUUCGGAUUUGCAGGCUCGAGCCUGAACGGCGUGGUCUCUCUGUCACGCAGUGGUGUUGCCAUGCAUACCCGCCAGAACUCGACUAUGAAGGCGGUAGUGUUCGACGGUAACGGAGCGGGUAUCGACACACAACGCCAGCGUCCCAAGCUCGACGAGGACUCCGUCAUCGUCAGGCCCGUCGCCGUGGCGUUAAACCCCACCGAUUGGAAGAACGUCAGGUACAAGCGUGCCAAGCCCGGGUGCAUCGUUGGGUGCGACUAUGCUGGCAUCGUCGAGGCCGUGGGUAGUGCCGUCCAGAAGUCGUGGCGGCCCGGAGACAGGAUCUUUGGGUGCGCCCACGGCGCCAAUCCAGUCAACCCGGACGGCGGUGUCUUUGCAGAGGUCGCAGUCGUCAAGGGGGACCUGCAGAUGAGGAUUCCCGAGGGCAUGGACUUUACCCAGGCGGCCACCCUCGGCCUGGGAACCAUCACUGUCGGACAGGGCCUGUACCAGAAGGCCAUGCAACUCGAUCUCCCCUCGGCCUCGGCUCCUUCAGAGAGAAAUAGGCAUGAACAUGUUUUGAUCUAUGGUGGCGGCACCUCUACCGCAGCCCUGGCGAUCCAGUUCGCAAAGCUCUCUGGGUACUCUGUUAUCACGAUAUGCGGGGAAGAGAGUUUCGACUACGUCAAACGACUCGGAGCAGACCUGGCCCUUGACUACAGGGAUGCGGACGUGGGUGCCAAAGUCCGCAGAUACACGGACAACAAGUUGAGAUAUGCUUGGGACACUAUCGGCGCCGAGGGCACGGCCCGAAUCUGCGGGGACGCACUCACAGACUCUCCGGAUCUGAGUCCGGCGUACGGCACCAUUAACCCGAAACAAUGUCCGAGGUCAGACGUCAAGUCCACAACCACAGUCAUGUACACCGUCUUCGGCAAGGAUAUCCAAUUCGGCUCCGACCUCAUGCCGGGAAGCAAGGAGGACUUUGAGUUUGGCAAAAAGUUUUACGGCAUCGCCGAGGGACUGAUCAGAAGGGGCCUCGUAAAACCACACCGUCAUCGACUUGCAGCUGGCGGUCUUGAAGGCAUUCCAAAGGGCUUGAAGGAUCUGGAGGACGGGAAGGUUCGGGGUGAAAAGCUUGUCUAUCUUGUUAAUAAGCAACCCUAG